AUGGAUUUAAAACGUAAUUCAGUGAUUGCUCUGUAUUUGGAAGGAAAAUCGAACAUCGAAAUUCGUCGAGCGCUGCCAAACCUAAAACUAAAUGAGAAAUUUGUACAUCGCACUAACGAACGAUAUUCUGAGACUGGUAGCAUUAAGAAACGCAAUGGGGGAGGACGGCGUUGUACUGCAACGGCACCAGCAGUCGUCGAAAAGGAACUCACAGCUUUGCAACGUAGUAAACGGUUAGAGCGAUCAAAAGAGCUGAUUCGCUUGCUCGACUCUGGCGAGCUUCCCAAUUUGGUGUUUUCGGAUGAGAAAACUUUCUGUGUUGAGCAGUUUCUUAACAAACAAAAUGACCGUGUAUGGUUGAAGGGACGUUUCAGCGACCAUGCGGACGAACUCCAAGUCACUCGACGUCAAGGAGCCGAUCAAAUCAUGGUCUGGGCGGUGGUGUCCGAAAAAGGCCGUUCACCGCUCGUUUUUCUCCCAAUGAAUCGCAACCAAGUCAAAAUAAAUCAGCAAAUCUAUCAAGACAAAGUCUUAAUACCUGGGCUGAUACCGUGGGCACGUAACACGUUCGGUUCUGAGCGUUGGACUUUCCAGCAAGACUCGGCACCAUUGCACAGAGCAAUUGGAACGCAAAAUUGGUUGAAAGCGAACGUUUCAGUGCUGAUCGACCGAGAUAUGUGGCCGUCGUCAUCACUCGACUUGAAUCCACUAGACUUUUGUAUUUGGGGUUUUUUACAGACCAAGGCUUGUGCUACAAAACACACGUCGGUGGAAGCGCUCAAAGCUAGUAUUACGCGAGAAUUUGUGAUGACGUCGUUCGAGCAGCGUGCGCUUCGUUCAGGAAGAGACUCAAACUUGUAG